ACAAAUUCUCGCACCUGCGCACUUGAACGAGCUCUUCGCACUGGUAAAAUAACCUUUUCACGAAGAUGUGGCCGCUACCGAACCACCACCAGGCUCCGAGUCUGUACCGAGGGCACCGCCGAUCGUCUUUCCGGGCUCUCGACGACUCAGAGGUGAUCGAAUUGAGAGCCAGGUAUAGGACUUUCUUUGGGGCCUACUACAGAACCAGCCUGAUGUGCCUCGCUUAUGCCGCAUCCAUUCUCAAGAUAUUCAGCCAACAAUUCUAUUCCAUCGGGAUCGUCUUCAUCGUACUAGCUCUUCUCAUCCUGGUCAUCGCCUAUACACGCUCUUAUCGCUCCGACAAGGAUUUCUCGGACGCAGCGGCACAAGGGGUCAGGACGGACGUGAUCGACCCUAACGGGGAGAGGAUCUUCGGGAGACCGUUUCGGACGAGUGGGAAUCAGGUCGUCCUCCUCGGAGGGUUGGUCAUCGGGACAGAAAUCGCUCUGCUCGUUCUCAUUAUGAUGCUCUGAGGUCCACAUUGCAUCGGGGAUACGCAGAGGAGCGACCUGGGUCUACCC